AUGGAAAUUGGACUGCCAUUAAUAAAGGAUGAAAUUGAUAAGAAUCUUAGGAUACUAGGAGCUUUUAUAUCAUCAGAUCAAACUAGUCAAGCAGAAGAUAAUGACAAUGAUACCAAUGAUGACAUUAUAUCAUUUAAUCCAAAAAAUAAUCAAGUAGAGGAUUAUAGUGAUGAUAAUGAUAACAUUAAUGAUGAAAGAAGAAUAUCUUUAAUAUGA